AUGAGUUUGGUGGUGAAGGCGACUGAACAAGAAGUGGAGCCAUGGCUGAGGCAGGUGGAGCUUCGAUCUGUAGGAGCAAUGGUGAUUGGAGGUGUGAACCGGUCAUCAGGUGAGGUGGCGAGAGAUGGUGCGCACCAAUCUGCAGGAGCGACAAGGGCUGCGGUGGUGAAGCCUGUAAUCAUUGGUGAUGUUUAUGUGGGUAUGGUGACGAAGGUAUUCGUGAUCCGUAUGGAGAGUAUGGCUACGGAGGCAGUACAGCAACAAGUGCAUGGGAUUGGGGGUUGUGAUGUUUCCCGGGGCAAUUGGGUUCAUGAUGAUUCAUACCCUCUUUAUGAAGCUUCUAGCUGCCCCUUCAUUGAGAAGGAGUUUGACUGUGUAAAGAAUGGUCGCCCAGACAAGGACUAUCUCAAAUACAGAUGGCAGCCACUUGGCUGUAACUUACCAAGAUUCAAUGGAAUUGAUCUUUUGAGGAGGCUAAGGGGGAAGAACAUCAUGUUUAUUGGGGACUCAUUGAGUCUGAACCAAUGGCAAUCACUCGCUUGCUUGCUUCAUACGGCUGUUCCAACUGCCAAAUACACAUCGGUCAGGUCUGGAGAACUCUCCACAUUCACAUUUCCGGAAUACAAUGUUAAGGUGUUGUUCUCCCGCAACCCCUUUCUGGUGGACAUUGUCAGCACAAGUUCUGGGCGAGUCCUCAAACUUGACUCAAUCUCACUUGAAAACCAGAAACUGUGGACAGGAGUUGACAUCAUGAUCUUCAACACAUGGCAUUGGUGGCUUCAUACCGGAAGAAAGCAAGCAUGGGAUCUUAUCGAAGAAGGGGGCAAAAUAAUUGGGAAGGACAUGGAUAGGUUGGUUGCCUAUGAGAAGGCUCUCAACACUUGGGCAACAUGGGUAGACUCCCAAGUGGACCCUGCAAGAACCAAGGUCUUCUUCCAGGGUGUUUCCCCAGAUCAUUCUAAUUCAUCAGACUGGGGUGAUCCAAAAGCAGGAAGCUGCAAUGGACAAACAGAACCACUUCCAGGUCCAAGCUAUCCUCAUGUACAUCCAGCAGAGAAAGUAGUAGAGAAAGUAUUACGCGCCAUGCCAAAGCCAGUCCAAUUGCUUGAUGUCACAAAUCUUUCACAACUAAGAAAAGAUGGGCACCCCUCUUUCUAUGGCCUUGGUGGGCACAGAGCCUCGGACUGCAGCCAUUGGUGUUUAGCUGGAGUUCCUGAUACUUGGAACAUUCUUCUUUAUGCAGCUCUUGCAGGAAGUUAAUUUGUUAUUUCAUUCUUUAUGGUGAUUUACAAAUAUCGUCGAAGAAAAGGAUACUGGAAUAAUAGUUGUAUCACAUAUUCACUUGACAUGAAAUUCAAUUAGCUAGGACAAAGUUACCAGGUUUGACUGGGAAAUUCAUGAGUGAUUGUAUUGCUUAGCAUUA